AUGUCCAUCCCAAACUCCUACCUGGCUGUCCCUCAAAGCCGCCCAUCUACCUGGCUGUCCCUCAAAGCCGUCACUCCUACCUGGCUGUCCCUCAAAGCCGUCACUCCUACCUGGCUGUCCCUCAAAGCCGUCACCCUACCUGGCUGUCCCUGCCGUCACUCCUACCUGGCUGUCCUCAAAGCCAUCACUCCUACCUGGCUGUCCUCAAAGCCGUCACUCCUACCUGGCUGUCCCUCAGCCAUCACCCUACCUGGUCCCUCAAGCCUCACCCACCUGGCUGUCCCGCCGUCCCUACCUGGUCCUCAAAGCCGUCACUCCUACCUGGCUGUCCUCAAAGCCGUCACCCUACCUGGCUGUCCCUCAGCCAUCACUCCUACCUGGCUGUCCUCAAAGCCAUCACUCCAACCUGGCUGUCCCUCAAAGCCGUCACUCCCUACCUGGCUGUCCCUCAAAGCCAUCACUCCUACCUGGCUGUCCCUCAAAGCCGUCACUCUACCUGGCUGUCCCUCAAAGCCACACUCCUACCUGGCUGUCCCUCAAAGCCGUCACUCCUACCUGGCUGUCCCUCAAAGCCAUCACUCCUACCUGGCUGUCCCUCAAAGCCAUCACCCUACCUGGCUGUCCCUCAAAGCCAUCACUCCUACCUGGCUGUCCCUCAAAGCCAUCACUCCUACCUGGCUGUCCCUCAAAGCCAUCACCCUACCUGGCUGUCCCUCAAAGCCAUCACUCCUACCUGGCUGUCCAAAGCCGUCACUCCUACCUGGCUGUCCUCAGCCGUCACUCCUACCUGGCUGUCCCUCAAAGCCGUCAUCUCCUACCUGGCUGUCCUCAAAGCCAUCACCCUACCUGCUGUCCCUCAAAGCCAUCAUCCUACCUGGCUGUCCUCAAAGCCAUCACUCCACCUGGCUGUCCCUCAAAGCCGUCACUCCUACCUGGCUGUCCCUCAAAGCCGUCACUCCUACCUGGCUGUCCCUCAAAGCCAUCACCCUACCUGGCUGUCCCUCAAAGCCACUCACUCCUACCUGGCUGUCCCUCAAAGCCGUCACUCCUACCUGGCUGUCCCUCAAAGCCGUCACUCCUACCUGGCUGUCCCUCAAAGCCGUCACCCCUCCCUGA